CUUUUUUUUUUUUUUUUUUUUUUACCGUUACUCACUCAGUCUUUACGAAAUAACAGCUUACAAUUGGGUUAACGUGUUAGCAACACUUCUUCUAACGUUGGGAUAGCGACAGUUUUGCACUACCUGAUCAUCGACCCUAACGUGGAGGUGAAUUUCAUUCGGAAAUGGGCAGAUACAAGUGCCGAGUUAAAGUCAGUCGUGACAAUGGACUACCUAACAAACGAGAUACACCAGUAAAAACUGCGCUGUGCAGACGAGACAAGUGCAAGAGAAUUCUGCCCAACAAGCAUUAUGAAGCAAUUCCAGAGGAACCUGAAGUGGAGGGUGAGAAUGUCCCCACUGUCAAACUAACCAUGACUGGCGUUAAGCCUGUCCCCCGCAAAUCUGUGCUACGCUCCAGCAGCCCUGGAUUUGCUGAAAAUCCCAGAGGCAAAGCCGCCUCGCCUGCCGCACCAGCUAAUACGAAAGUAAAUGGCUACCAAGGGUCACCAGCAGGUAACCCAACAAUUAAGGUGGCUCCCGAUGCAGAGGCUUUUAAAGGUGGUGAAAUACGAGUUAACGAAGAAGAGCAAAACUUAGCAGUGACUCCAGAAAGCAUCACAUCUUCUAGCAUGGAGUCAGACGAAACUUUAAGCUCAGAGGAAGACUGUUACUCCUCUGCUUCUAUGGACUCCAGCAGUCUUCCCUCCCCAGAGAUCUUCAGAAGAGAGAGCUAUGUGGAAACACUGACUUUCCCCAUUAAGGAUAAGCUGCUGGGUCUCCAUCUUGACAUUAAGAACUCCACCUUGCUGGAUGGGAGCCACGCUGAGAACAUCCACAUGUAUCAUCCCCCCAACCUUUCCACCAUCAUCGAUGCCUCUGCAAUUCUUGCUGAAAAGAACUGCGAGAUCAGAGGGCCUGAAGCUAAGACCAAAAUACCUAUGGACUCAUUUAAAUCAGUGGAAACACUGACUUUCCCCAUUAAGGAUAAGCUGCUGGGUCUCCAUCUUGACAUUAAGAACUCCACCUUGCUGGAUGGGAGCCACGCUGAGAACAUCCACAUGUAUCAUCCCCCCAACCUUUCCACCAUCAUCGUGGACAAUCGUCUGAUAAAACCUCUGUCUGCAGAUGCCUCUGCAAUUCUUGCUGAAAAGAACUGCGAGAUCAGAGGGCCUGAAGCUAAGACCAAAAUACCUAUGGACUCAUUUAAAUCAGACAAACCCUUCAAGUGGAAAACCCCGCCAAAAGUCACCAACAGAAGGCCCAUUUUGUGCAAGAAGAAGGUAUGGUUCAAAAGCCCUAUCAUUGCUGAGACCUUUAAAGGAAAAUGCAACCCGGCCGCCAGAGUAGGCCUAACUAUUGACGACAGCAGAGAGCCGGUCCAAACAUCCAGCCCAGCUGAGCAGAUUAUGCCUGAUGCAGACACAUGCAGAACAGGUAUGAUCAGUUCUAAAGAAGAGGCAUUACAACUGAAGGUUCUGCUGGAAAGGCCUGUAAAAAGUAGUCCGGAGAAAGCCAAUUUCUUUGACUUUGUCACCAACAGUGACCAGAAUGCUUUCUUUCAGAGGAUGAGAGAAAGGUGUGUCAAACUCAGAAGUGCUCCUUUAUUUCCCCUUACAGCUGCGAAGCACACAAAACCAACUGUCCUGUGACAUCUGAGGCCAAAAUAUUGUGUGUAAAGAUUCGGGCUUUAUUCCAAAAUCUAGAUUAAAGAGGUCUGCAUGUGAAAACCCCUGUGUAAAAAAACAAACAAACAAACAAACAAACAAAAAAGUAGUCCUGGUGUACUUCAAAACAAGAAGGGGAUUAGACUGUCUGAUUGUCUAAUAUGGAAAAUGAAAUGUUAUGCACUUUAAUUAGCGUUUGAAUAUGUUUAAAAAAAGAAUAAUUCAAAUGCCACACUGUAGGUGAAUGUAUGAAUAAAUGUAGGUGCCUACACACCAUAAACUCUGCAAACUUAGUGAAAGUGACCUUCCAACUUCCACUGUGUCUCAACAUGGCUCCUAUUGUUUUUUUGUUUUUUUUAUUACAUAGCCUACUGUACAAACUGUGGAGUAGGCCUAUGAGUUGAUAUGGUCAGAUGGCUGUUAGCUGUUAAUUGGUCCUUUUGAAUACAUCUGUUUAUGACAAUGGAGGUUUCACUAUACUUUUUUAACACAUGGUGAGCAUUCAAACCAACCUGAUUUCCUUUAAGUGUCUGGUGCAAACUGACCACUAGAUGUCAGACCUGUUUUUUCUUAAAUAGCCCUCUUUUCUUAAAUAGCCAUCUUUUCUCUUCUCCUGGCAGUGAUUGCUUUUUUUUAUAUGUGCAAUAUGCAUGUUGUGUUUCUCUAUCUGUAUUUUUAUUUACUCUUUUGGCAUGUGUGUUAGUGCCAUGUGUGUCAAUGCAAUAACAGCGGAGUCUAAAUGUUUAAUGUAAGCUAAGCAUAAAGUUGAAAUGUUCUCUAUAUUUGUGACUUGUCUGUCUUUGCAGAUGUUUUGAGCGUCUGAAAGAAUAUGAAAUGAAUGUUCAAUAAAUAAUAAAAUCAUUCUUGUUGUA